GUCCACCUGACGUCACUUUCCUCAAGCAGGUAUACAUAAUUUGCCACCUGUGCUGAGUUUAGAUCAGUCGUUUGGCGGAUUGCCUUCAGGAAUAAGCUCAGCAGUGUCGAACUAUUGCCUUGGUUGGAUUUUAUUCGUCUUUUCAGGACUGUUUUGGUUAAUAUCCACGAUGAAGAUUUUAAUCGCCCUGCUUGUUGUAACGUUUGUGGGUCUGGUUGCCUCACAAUGUGAAUGUCCGACUAUGAAAUGGGCGGUGUGUGAUGGUACUCCGUGCACUUGCAAGCUUGCGCUUGGUGUGGAUCUCAGCCAGAAUAUUGACUGUUCAAAGUUAAUUCCCAAGUGCUACCUGAUGAAAGCGGAAAUGCAUCGUGCCAGGACAGGCCAGAGCACUCGAUCAAUUGGUGGCAAGCCAGUCGAGACUGCGUUUGUUGACAAUGAUGGCAUCUAUGACCCAGAAUGUGAGAAUGAUGGAAAGUUCAAGGCUAAGCAGUGUAACGGCACCGAGGAGUGCUGGUGCGUCAACAGUGCCGGUGUACGCAGAAGUGAUAAAGGAGAAAAAAGCAUCAAGUGUGAACCUGUGGAGACCUAUUGGGUUCGUCUUGAAAUGAAGCACAAAGAAGUAGAUGGAGCUUUGGAUGCCACCAAGCUUAGAACUGGUAUCGAAAAUGCUUUCCAGGAACGUUACCAGUUGGAUAAGGGAUUCGUGAAAGAAGUUCAGUAUGACAAAGAUGGCCGACGUAUUGUUGUGGAUGUUGAAAAAAAGAAGGAUGAUAAGACUCUAGACCUGUCCCUCAUUUCCUAUUACAUGGAGAAGGAUAUCAAAGUUCUGCCCCUGUACAGUAAAGGUACACCCUUCGAGGUCAGUGUUGAGGGAAAAAAGGUGUCCAUGGAAAACGUCCUGGUGUACUAUGUAGAUGCAGUGCCACCCACAUUCACCAUGAAGAAGCUGACCGGCGGUGUAAUUGCUGUUAUUGUGGUGGUCAGCGUGAUUGUCAUCGCAGGACUUCUUGUUCUGUUCUUCCUCAAUCGACAAAACAAGGCCAAGUACAGCAAAGCACAGGCCAGAGAGAUGGAGACCAUGUCUUGAGCUUGUAUUCAACCAUCAACUACUUGAGUCCAGCACUGGGACGUUUCCUGCGCUGAUGCAUAGACCUGCUGUACAUUUUUGCUUGUAACCUUUUCAUAUAGGGGAAAAUAAGUCUGUUACGUGCAGAGUUUUUAAAUGGACUUUCACUGUUACUGUUUUUAAAUGGCGUGUUACUGUUUUGCUAUUUAAUGAGGGCUCUUCAAUUGGAUCAAUAUUUUAACUGUACAGUUUGUGUUUAACUUGUAAGUUUGUUUUUAAUAAAAGUUGUUUUGUGUUAAA